AUGCUGGACGAAAGGCAAAGAAACCUUGAGAGGUACUCCUUACAUUUGGAAAAGAAGGACCUCGUUUUUAAAGGGAAAAAAAAAAAAAACGAUUUGAAGAAUAUUUUAUAUUUCCCAUCCUUGUUUUGGUUCAAUGGGCAGUUUUGUCCCCCCAUUCCCGUAACUGAUUUCUUAACCUGUGGGGUCCACAAAAACAGUGUCAUUAUAAAGAAAGUCCUAAAAAAUGAGGUCUUGAACGUAAGUAUGUUUAGCGACAUGAAGGUUAUGGCAUGCGUUUUUUAUGUAAACAUCGAGUAUGUACUGGGUCUGAAAAUACAAGUGACGGCAAUGCAGUUUACCUUUUUGCACAUAAGCGAGCACAACAGUCUUUACAAUAAGAUGGAGACAGACGUGAACGAGGGGAGCAUAAAGAUUGUGGACCUCGACCACGUGGGGAAGCAGCUUUGGCACAAGAACAGGUACUGCUUCGAGAUUCUGCAGGGGUGGUUGGACGGGGUCAGGGGCGGAAAGAAUCACCCAAGUGGAGAGGGAGCCGCCCCCUGUGGGCAGUGCCGCGUGCAAAAAAUUUUGCGGCGGAUGUUCUACGUGCUGGUGUAUGGAGACACUGAAGGAAACGUUUACUUCCUAAUCCCGGAGAAGGAAAUAAAAAUAAAAAAAAACUUCAGAAGAGGGGAGAAAAUACACCUCAUCGAGACCAACGUGAAGGCCUACUUCAACACGGAAGGUGAUAGCCGUAUAGCCACGGUGUUGAGAAGCAAUGUGCACAUCUUUUUAGCCUAUAGGGACUGCAUCUUAGUUUUUAAUUUCCCCUUGUAUGAGCCCCUUUUGGUGGUGAACGUCGUCGAUGAGGUGGUCUUCUGCCUCAGUGCUUGUCUUAACGAGCACGGCGAGGUGUACUUUGCCUUCUCCACGCAGAGGUGCGUCAGAAUUGGGGAGGUCUCGCGGGGGGGCGACCUGCUCCAAGUAGAGGUAGACACCACGCAAGGGAGCGGCAUCCAAGGGGAUAACGCUAAAGAGUACACCACCCACGUGGAUAACGCUAAAGAGCACCACCCUCAAGGGGAUAACGCCAAAAAGCACCCCCCACAAGGGGACACAGCCCAAGUUCAGCACAGCGGGAACCACCCACACAACGCCAAGCAGCAAAAGAGCCACACCUGCGUGUGCUUCGGAAGGGACAACGAUCUCUACAUAACCAGCGGAGACAAGGGAAUCAUCCAUAAAUAUAAUUUAAAAAAAAAACAGAUCACCCAUAAGUAUGACCCCCGAUGUAAGAGAAUUUUUCAUUUAUCUAUCUGUACACUCCAUGGACAAGAUUACGCAUACCUGUACGACUCGGAGAAGUUCCUUUGCCUCUUCCAACUAACCAAACAAAAAAAUAUGUACAAAAUUUUUACCCUUUCUGUGUGGGUUUAUCAGAUCCUUUGUUUUCGAACCAACGUUAUUUUCUCCCUUGGAAAUGAAAACGUCUACAAUUUGGAGGUCCGAAAGGAAGGGGGGAGUGGCGGCAAGGGAAGCGGCAGCAACGGCAACGGCGGCGGAAACGACAAUCGCAACGUGCUCCUGACCAAGCCGUUCUACUCCGAUCGGAUGAGCGUCUGCACUUAUUUGACGAAUCACCCCCACCUACCCCUCGUAGCUUUUAUAAACAAGAAACUGCAGUUUGGUGUUUUUUCCCUGGUGGAUGCUCAAAGGAGAAGUGUCAUCGUGCCGACUAUACGAGAAAAUGAGAAGGUAUUUUCUCUGUGUUGGUUUAGUACAAGGAGACAAUUAGAGGUGGUCGAUUUUGAUAGAGAGGGUGACGACCUCACCGUUGGAGAUCCACUCACACUUAAUCAGUUUGGAGAUGCAUGGAAAGGGGGAGGAGGUAGUGGUACUCCUCAUCAUGGUGAGGAGUACGUCGUUCCCCCUUUGUCCUCAAACCACGGGGGAAUAACGCAAAAUAGAGGAGGGAAAAAUAAAAAAAAGGAUAACAAUACCCGAAUCAACACACACAUGGCACACCUAAUACAGAAAAGCAGCUCUUACGAUACACACCUGGCAGUGAUGAAUGAAGACACGAUGUUCCUUUACAACGUCCUAACUAGCCAAGUGACAGACUUAAAGGAUUAUUUAAAAAAGGCAAUGCCCCAAUUUUGUGGAAAAAAGAAUUUUCUCAAAUCUACGAUUUAUCAAAAAGUAUGCUACGUUUUUAUCCUCUCAGAAAAAAAUACGCUUUUUAUCUUUGACCAGCAUUUCACCCAUUCUUUGCGAACCAUGAGUGUAGACGAUCGCAUUGUCCGCUUCUACCUGCGCGAUGGGUACCUCUUUGUUCACUCUAAUACGUUUAUUUAUUUUACGUCCAUACGGAACGCGCUCUCCCUCUUUUUUCCUGAGUUCACCCAAAGGGGGGGGGAUGCUCAAGCUCAAAAUUUACAACUCACGAAGGUGGAUACAACAGAAACGUUUAAGAUAACUCUUUUCGAUUUUCUCUGUGUGGGGGGAGAAACGUACCUGGCUGUUUUUACCAAGCGGAAGGAGAUUCUUGUGUAUAGGAUGCGCACGGGGGAGGGCGAGAACGAAGGGGAGGGCACUGCAAAGGGUACUACAAAUGGUACUACAAACGGCACUACAAACGGCACUACAAACGGCACUACAAACGGCACUACAAACGGCACUACAAACGGCACUGCAAACGGCAUGAGUGCGGACGCCCAGCUGGUCGCCCAGUUUCUCAGCUUUUACCAAUUCGAACACUUAAACAAAGUUGGGAGCAUCCUGAGCAUGAAGUUUUUUUACUGUUCUGCCAAGCGGAGGACGUACUUAAUUUUCGGCGGGUUGGAGCAGUUUCUCUUCUUUUGGGACUUUGCGAAGUAUCCCCUCGUGCGGCGG